CCCAGAUACAUAAGCCAUGUGAGCGCAGGGAGAGAUUCAGAGCCUGUCAGGGCCCCAGAGAAGGCAGGGCCAUGGCUUCUGUGCUGGAGAAAAUAGCAAACCCUUCCUCUCUGCUUUUGUACCUGGCUCCGGGGCUUUGCCUCAUCUGUGUGCUGCUGAAAGUGACCCAGCUGUACCACAAGAGACAGCAGCUCCUCAAAGCUUUGGAGAGCUUCCCGGGUCCCCCCAGCCACUGGCUGUACGGCCACUACGCUCAGAUGUCUCAAGAGGGAGAAUUAAAGAACUUUCCGGCUUGGGGAAAAAAGUACCCGUAUGUCCUGUGUUCCUUAGUAAUCCACCACCCUGAUUACGCCAAAACUGUGUUUGGCCAUGGAGAUCUCAAGGAUAUGACAGUGUACAGAUUCUUAAUUCCCUGGAUCGGCAAGGGAUUACUGAUCUUACAUGGGCCAAAGUGGUUCCAGCAUAGAAGGCUGCUGACCCCAGGGUUUCACUAUGACGUGUUGAAACCUUAUGUCGCGUUGAUGGCAGAAACUACCAAAGUGAUGCUGGACAAGUGGGAACGGCUGAUCACAGUCGGCAAGUCAGUGGAGCUCUUUGAACAUGUCAGUUUGAUGACCCUAGACAGCAUCAUGAAAUGUGCCUUCAGUUGUCAUAGCAACUGCCAGACUGACAGUGACUCCGAUGGCUACAUCAAAGCUGUCUACGACCUGACCUACCUGGUGUACCAUAGAAUCCGCUUUUUUCCAUAUUAUAAUGAUUUAAUCUAUCGAAUCAGCCCUCAAGGACGUCGCUUUCGAGAGGCCUGCCGACUAGCGCACCUCCAUACAGAGAAAGUAAUAAAAGAGAGAAAGACGUCCCUCCAAGAUCAGCAAGAACUUGAAAAGAAGAAGAAGAAGUACUUGGAUUUUCUGGACAUUCUUCUGUGUGCCAAGGAUGAAAACGGCGCUGGACUGUCUGACGAAGACCUACGCGCCGAGGUGGACACGUUCAUGUUUGAGGGGCACGAUACCACGGCCAGUGGGAUCUCCUGGCUCUUGUACUGCAUGGCCCUGCACCCAGAGCACCAGCAGAGAUGCAGAGAAGAGAUCCAGGAGAUCGUGGGAGACAGAGAUACUGUGCAAUGGGAUGACCUUGGCAAAAUGACUUACAGCACCAUGUGCAUCAAGGAGAGCCUUCGCCUGUACCCUCCGGUACCUGGAGUGGCCCGAGAGCUCAGCAAGCCCAUCACGUUCCACGAUGGACGUACCUUGCCAGAAGGUUCUCGGGUGUCUGUGCAUAUUUACUGUCUUCAUAGGAACCCAAGUGUCUGGCAAGAUCCAGAGGUGUUUGAUCCCAUGCGGUUUUCCCCAGAGAACGCGGCCCAGAGGCAUUCCCAUGCGUUUGUGCCCUUCGCGGCUGGAGCACGGAACUGCAUCGGGCAGCAGUUUGCCAUGAACGAGCUGAAAGUGGCCCUGGCCCUGACUCUGCUCCGUUUCGAGCUCUCUCCUGAUCCAGCCAAACCGCCCAAGGAAAUUUCUCAGCUUGUCCUCAGAUCCAGCACUGGGAUCCACCUGCUCUUGAAGAAACUGCACUGAGAAGCUCUGGAGCCCCGUGUCAGCAGGAUCGGCUCUUUCCCGAGGGAACGCAAUCAAUGGGUGUUUUUUUGGACAGCCCCCCCCUUCAGCCAACCUGUUCCACAGCCUUCCCCGAAUCCUCAGGCCCAGCUGCUUUCUCUGGGCCCUUGCCCACCCCCACAGCUGGGUGAGCAGCAGUCUUGGCAGGAGACCACAGGGCCUCGCUAUGGGGAGUGAAGCAUCACAAGCACCUUGUCCCUGGCUAGGAAUCACUUUCGCCCAUCGGUGCCAUGUGCGCUGGGUGCUGAGCCAGCACGUCCCUGGGUCUCAACCCAUGCAGGGCCGAGGGCAGCACCUGUCCCCUUCCCACAGCCCCUCACGCUGGGUCCUGGGGGCACAAGCAGAGCUCGGGGUGCAAUGUCACAUCUCUUCUCUAGCACAGACUGUCGGGCGCAUCACCGAAACGGACCUAGCUCGCCUUCCUCUGGUGUCUCCUCAGUUGCCAUCGUUAGAGCCCAGUGAUCUAGCUGGGGGUUUCAGGCCUCCAUACACUGCAAAUUUAGGCACUAGCACAAACCUCAAUGUCAACACAAUUUUCACCGGUGCUUUGUAAUUUGCACUAGUCCCUCACCUCCUAGUGUAGAUUAGCCCCAACACUUUCUCCCACAUGGCAGCACAUUGGUCUGUUUUGCACCAAUCACUUAUCACCCCGUCCCCACGCCUUGCAGAGAGCUGGCCCCAGACACACAUCCACAAGAAAGGUAGGAAUUCCACGCCCAUGCCCAGUCCCAACGCUAAUGAGGGACUAACCUCAAGGCGUGGCUGGGAAGAUUGACGUGGGUCAAGUCUUCCAGUUGGGAGGUGUGUGAACACUGCUACUUACUGAGCUCUUCAGGAGUUUUGGUUUGGCUCAUGAUAGAAACAGAGGCCAGUGGAAAGUUUUGCUCCAAAUCUGAAUGAGGUCAAGUUACAUAGGAUGAAUGCAAACAAAUAAUGAAAGCAUGUAGAGGCAAACUUAGGAAGGCCAAGGCACAAGAGACAUAUAGGGUAACAAGAAAACUUUGUACAAAUAUAUUAGAAGGAAGAGGAAGACCAAGGACAGAGAAAGAUCAUUACCAAGUGAAGAGGGGAAUAGCAGAAAAUGUGGAAAUGGCAGAGGUGCUUUAAGAUUUCUUUGUUUCUUCACCAUUUUAGCCAUCGGGGAUUUUUUGCGCAAAACAGUUCUGGGUUGUCUACACUGGCCCUCUUGCGCAAAAGCAUGUGUGCAAGAGGGCUUUUGCCCGAGCGGGAGCGUCAUUGUAUUUGCGCAAAAAGCACUGAUUUUGUACAUUACAAAGUCAGUGCUCUUGCACAAAUUCAAGCAGCCAGUGUAGACAGCUGGCAAGUUUUUGCGCAAAAGCAGCCGCUUGCCAGUCUAGACGCAGCCUAAGAGUUGAUUGAGGAGAUAGAUGAACCAUUAUCUAUUAUCUUUGAAAAGUCGUGCAAGACAGGAGAGACUGGAAAAGGGCAAAUAUAAUGCCCAUCUACAAAAAAGAAAAUGACAAUCCAGGAAACAGGUCAGUCAGCUUAACUUCUGUGCCAGUAAAGAUAUUAGAGCAAAUAAUUAAGGGAUUGAUUUGCAAAUAUCUAGAAGAUAAAAGGUGAUAAGUAACAGCCAACAUGGAUUUGUAAGCCAACAUAAUAGCUUUCUGCGAUAGGAUAACAAGCCUUGCAGAUAAGGGGGAAGUGGUAGAUGUGCUAUACUUAGACUUUAGUAAAGUAUUUGAAACAGUCUUUCAUGAUCUUCUGAUUAAUAAACUAGGGAAAUACAACCUGAAAGGGGCUAUUGUAAGAUGGGUGCAUGACUGGUUGGAUAACUGUUCCCAGAGAGUAGUUAUCAAUAGUUCACAGCUGGAAGAGUUCCUCAGGGAUCAAUUUUGGGACCAUUUCUGUUAAUAUCUUCAUUGACCAUUUAGAUAAUGGUAUAGAGAGAAUGCUUAUUAAGUUUGCAGAUGAUACCAAGCUGGGAG